GUGCAAUAGCCCCAACGUCUUCACUCCAUUGUUUUAAAAGGAGGUCCGUAUAUUCACAAGAGUCUUCCCUCACAUCACACAUGGUGUGAAAACAUACACCACUUUGCUACACUUAUAUAGUAAUAGAACAUAGUAACACUAUUUGAGCUCAAGUUCGAAAUUUCGGGUCCGAAUUUUCUUGAGUUGGUCUGAAGAAAGAAAUUCACUAGUAUAAUGGUGCUAAUAACCGAAGAAAUUAUCCAACAGUUUGAAGUCCUCAUGAGAAAAGUUGAUGAGCCAUUGAAGAAGACUUUCCAGAACAUGAAUUUUGGGUAUGAGCGGGAGACGUUGGUGAGAUUUCUCAAAGCAAGGGAUGGGAAUGUAUCAAACGCACAUAAAAUGCUUAUGGAGUCUAUAUCCUGGAGGAUACAAAAUAAAAUUGAUGACAUACUGGCGAAGCCAAUAAAUCCCAUCGAGUUUUAUAGAGCAAUACGAGAUUCUCAGCUUACUGGAAUGUGUGGAUACUCGAAAGAGGGCCAUCCUGUCUUUGCCGUUGGGGUAGGGCGCAGCACAUACGACAAGGCAUCUAUUCAUUAUUAUAUUCAAUCUCACAUCCAAAUGAACGAGUAUAGAGAUCGUGUGAUAUUGCCUUCUGCAACAAGAAAAUUCGGCCGCUACAUAGGCACAUGCAUCAAGAUUCUGGACAUGACUGGUCUAAAGUUUUCUGCAUUGAAUCAGCUCAAGAUAUUAUCGGCAAUAUCCACCAUUGAUGACCUCAACUACCCUGAGAAAACAGAAACUUAUUACAUAGUCAAUGCUCCAUAUAUAUUCUCAGCGUGUUGGAAGGUUGUGAAACCUCUUCUGCAGGAAAGGACAAGGAAAAAGGUGCAAGUUCUUUCAGGGUGUGGAAGGGACGAAUUAUUGAAAAUUAUGGAGUACGAAUCUCUCCCACAUUUUUGUAGAAAAGAAGGCUCAGGCACAUCUCGAGAUGGAGAAGUUAGUGAUUGUUUUUCCUUGGAUCACCCUUUCCAUCAGCAGCUGUAUAACUACGUGAAGGAGCAAGCUGCACGAGUUGGCUCCGCUGCACCAGUGAGACAUGAUUCGUUCCAUGUGGAUUUUCCGGAGCCUGAUCUAGCUGAUGUAAAAAUUGCUCAAACUAUAGAAUGUGAGUUUCAAAGACUGGGGAAUCAAAACGGGCUUUCCCACACAUCACACGAGCUUAAGGUAAAUGGUGAGUGAAUUUGGUGCGAGCACCCUAUACUGUUAGUAGCUGAGGCCUUCGAUCGUUGUGGAACAUUUGCAUCGUCUCGUUGCAGGUUUUGGGGGCUGAGCUGAAGUUGUACUGAACUGACACCCUCAUUUCAUCAUGAGGUCAGUGGAAUGCUGCAAUAUUUGAAUGCAGAAUUUAAUGAUGUUUGUUGUAGUGUAUUAUUGUAUUGGAGUGGGUAUAAUAUGGUGGGUUUCUUGAAUUUAUAUAGAAUGCAUAUUCACCGGUUCUUCAAUCAUCUUCAGAUGAUCAUGUUUGACGGAUAUUAUCAGUGUAUUACAUAUUUCUCUCCCUCCUGUUAGUUGUUAUGAAUGAAAGAAAUUACGAGAUA